CGAAAGAAUUUGACUCUCUUCUUCAGCAUUGGUUUAUUGACCUCCUGGGGGACUGCACUGCUGGGUGUCCGCUUAUACUGGAUGGGCAACAAGCCCCCAAGUUUUUCCAAUUCAGACAAUCCAGCAGCUGACUCGGACAGUUUUCUCACACGUACGCUGACCUUCUUUUACCUGCCCACUAAGAACCUCUGGCUGUUGCUGUGCCCAGACACCCUCAGCUUUGACUGGUCUAUGGAUGCUGUGCCUCUUCUGAAAGCAGUCAGCGACUGGAGGAAUCUACACACUGUGGCCUUCUAUGCUGGACUCCUCCUCCUUGCCUACUUUAGCUUGAAGGGCUCUGGUAAUGAGAGAGAAUGCAACGGGAGAACUGUAAUGAACGGCAAGCAGAAUGCUAAUGGGCAUAGCUGCCACUCAGAGAUGGAGUACAAGACACUGGAGGUGAAGUCAAGCUUUGCAUCAAAAGAAGAGAAUGGUAUAAAAAAACACGAAAUGCAGAAACUGCAGCUUCCUUCAACUGAGAACAUUGUCAUUCUGUCUCUGUCUUUGUUAAUAGUGCCCUUUGUUCCUGCCACAAACCUAUUUUUCUAUGUUGGCUUUGUAAUAGCAGAGCGUGUGCUGUAUGUUCCUAGCAUGGGCUUCUGCCUGCUGGUUACAGUAGGUGUCAGGGCCCUUUAUGUCAAAGCCCAAAAGCGCUUUCUGAAGAACUUGGUUUUUUGUUCCACUGCUGCAUUAAUUGUUUUCUAUGGACUCAAGACUGUUGUCAGAAAUGGAGACUGGCAGAAUGAGGAGAUGCUGUAUAGGUCAGGGAUAAAAGUAAACCCUGCUAAAGCAUGGGGUAACCUUGGAAAUGUUCUCAAGAGCCAGAGCAAAAUUUCUGAAGCUGAAAGCGCCUAUAGAAAUGCCUUGUACUACCGCAGCAACAUGGCUGACAUGCUUUAUAAUUUAGGAUUACUACUUCAGGAAAACAGCAGGUUUUCAGAGGCAUUGCAUUAUUAUAAACUGGCAAUUGGUAGCAGACCCACACUAGCUUCUGCCUAUUUAAAUACUGGUAUCAUCCUGAUGAACCAAGGGAAGACAGAGGAAGCCAGGAGGACUUUCCUGAAGUGUUCAGAGAUCCCUGAUGAAAAUUUGAAAGACCCUCAUGCUCAUAAAAGUUCUGUUACUAGCUGUCUUUAUAACUUAGGAAAACUUUUCCAUGAACAAGGGCACUAUGAGGAUGCCCUUAUAGUUUACAAAGAAGCAAUACAGAAAAUGCCAAGGCAGUUUGCACCACAGAGCUUAUACAACAUGAUGGGAGAAGCCUAUAUGAGAAUGAGCCGGCUGCCAGAAGCAGAGCACUGGUACAUGGAGUCACUGCGAUCCAAGAGCGACCACAUCCCAGCCCAUCUCACCUAUGGAAAACUGCUGGCUGUGACG